GGAGCUGGAGAAACCCCCUCUCGUUAUCUAACUAACAUUAGUAACUAGUCAGCUAUCGGGAUAAGAAGUGCUGGUGGGAGCUUCAUCAUACCAGACUCACACUUGGCUUUGAAAUACCGAUCUAUAUCACAUUCUAUUUAGACUCCAGCUGCUAUUUAUACUCCUAGGCUUCAUUCCUUCUUUAUAUAUACUUUGACCUACUACUACUACAUACAUCAGGUAUUAUCACUAGUAUAUACUACUACUAGCACUGCUGAUCGAUAUGGCUACCUUCUCCCGUCUGGUUCGUUUCUUGGCCAAGGACGGCCAGACUUACUACGGAGACGCCCUAUUGUCAGCGGGCGUGAGCGACAUUGCCCAAGCCACCAAGGCACGGGUCAUCCAGGGCGAUAUUUUCGGACAGCACCAUGUCACAGACCAGAUUGCCGAUAUUAAAAUGCUCCUGGCGCCAUUGGCGAGAAAAGACAUUGGGACCGUGCGUUGUCUGGGACUCAAUUAUGAACAACACGCCAAAGAAUCAAAUCUACCCUUGCCGAAAUUCCCUGUUCUCUUCUACAAGCCCGUCACCUCUGUUACCGGACCUACAGAUGACGUCCCGGUUUCCCGUAUGGCUCAACUGGGCGAGGGUCUAGACUAUGAGUGUGAAUUGGUUGCCAUCAUCGGCAAGGAAGCUAAGAAUGUGCCUGAGAGUCAGGCCCUGGACUAUGUUUUGGGUUAUGCCGUUGGAAACGAUGUCUCUCAUCGUGAAUGGCAGUUGAAGCACGGCGGAGGACAAUGGGGCCUGGGCAAGGGCUUCGACGGAUGGGCGCCCUUUGGACCAGGUAUUGUAUCUUCGAAGCUAAUCCGUGAUCCCAACAACUUGCAGAUCUCGACAAAACUGAACGGCCAAACGGUUCAAUCAUCCUCCACCAAGGAUAUGAUAUUUAAUGUGGCCAAGACAGUGUCGUUCUUAUCUCAGGGUACCACCUUGUUGCCCGGGGAUGUAAUCUUUACAGGAACACCCCAAGGUGUUGGUAUGGGUCGGAAGCCUGCGCUCUGGCUCAAGGAUGGCGAUUUGGUUGAGGUUUCUCUUGAGGGUGUCGGAUCAUGCCUGAAUCGCGUUGUCUUCGACAAGCCAUCUUCUAAGCUGUGAGCUAGUAGUGAAAGGAACAGAUGGCGCGGGGCUUAUUGAGUGUAACAAGGGCCGUCAAGUGUCCCUUGAACGUUGUAGGAUCCCGACCACCAACCAUCACAAGUACUAGUCUGUGCA